CCGGCUCCUACGGGUAUUUUUGGUUGAAGUGUACGGAAACCUGAUCAUGCAGAUUAUCCGUACUAGUUUCUCCCAAAUCCUGCCACCAUCACCAUGCCUGAGAUCGCUGAAGUGGCAAGGGUUACACAUUUUCUUCGCCUGCAUCUUGUCGGCAAGAAGAUUGUCAAGGCUUUGGCCCCAGAUGACAUUAAUGUCUUCGGAAAGGUCGGCACAAGUGGCCAUGCAUUCCAGAAAGCCGUUACUGGCAAGAAGGUAGUUGGAGCCGGGAGCCAAGGCAAAUACUUUUGGAUACUGUUGGAGAGCCCACCUCACCCGGUGAUGCACUUGGGCAUGACAGGUUGGAUACACAUUCGAGGAGAGCAGACUGGUUAUACACGCUACCUGGAGAAGAUCAAAGGUGCCGAGGAGCAGUGGCCCCCAAGAUUUUGGAAAUUUCAGCUAGAAACCGACAGCAAUCCUCAGGUUGAAGUAGCGUUCACUGACUCUCGGCGAUUUGGCCGAAUCAGACUGGUGGACUGUCCUGGAGAAGACAUACGGAAAUACUCGCCAUUAGUCGAAAACGGACCUGAUCCCGUCGUCGACAAGAACUUAUUUACCGAGGAUUACCUCAAGCAGAAGAUGAGGAGCCGCCAUGUGCCUAUUAAGGCCCUCCUCCUGGAUCAAGCCGUGAUCAGUGGCAUUGGAAACUGGGUGGGCGACGAAAUCAUGUAUCAGGCCAAACUACACCCAGAAGUGUAUUGUGAUGAGUUUGAUGACGAGGAUAUUUCGACACUGUACAAGGCAACAAAAUAUGUCUGCGACACAGCUGUGGAGCACCUGGGCGAUUCGGAGAAGUUCCCCGAGCACUGGUUAUUCAAUCAUCGCUGGGGCAAGGGGAAGAAAAACUCAGCUACAACAUUGCCGAACGGCGAGAAGAUCGCAUUCCUCACUGUAGGUGGGCGCACGAGCUGCAUCGUCCCUAGUGUACAGAAGAUAAAGGGUAAAGCUACAGAUUUGGAUGUCGAGGAAGAAACUGAAGCCCCUGAGAAGAGGACAGAGAGCAAGUUUUUCGAGGCAAAGAGCAAGAUGCAAGAUGCGGCGAGUGGAAACAGAGGAAAGGCAGCGAGCAAGAAAGCAGGGUCGUCGGUGCAGGAGACUAUCAAGAAGGAAGUGGAAGAUGAUGACACUGUUGUGAGCACAAAAGUCAAGUCAUCGAGACGGGUGGUUGUCAAGGAGGAGGGCAAUGAAACCGGCAAAAGUACUACGACAGGGUCGACGAAGCGAAAAGCUGCCGAAGAAGAAGCCGAAACUGGCACCGAAUCUAAGCUCAAUGGAAGAAAGAAAUUGAGGCAGAGCAAAGGGGACGAACCAGCACAGCCAGGACCAGCCAGAGUGACGAAGAAGCGAGUGGCUGUCAAGAAUGCGGAAGGAAAACCUGCUGCCAAUGGAACAAAGAAAACCAAGCAGAUUAAAGAUAAAAUGAAGGAACCGCCAAAGCCUGUGCAAAACCACGGGGCAAGGCGAUCCGGAAGACUCAGCGGCAAGACCGUUGAAUGACUGUUGUACCUGUACAAUAUAGACACGGCUACAAUAACCCCCAAAUGAUCUCCAGAACUGUUCGGUCGAGCACCUCUAAUAUAAUGAGUCAACAUCUAUGAGAUUCUAAUCAUCAGAAUAGCUCGUUGGAG